AUGUCUUCUCUGCUGUUGCUCAACAGCGCUGCCGAGGAGCUCAAAGUGCAGCCGAUGCCUAAAAUCAAGAGGCAGAAUAACUUCUUUCAGUGGCUCGCUUCGAUACUGUUUCCCAUCAAUAGACCGACAACAACCACAACUCCAUCAAGUACAACAACUAGGAGCACAACAUUAGCAGCCACAACAACUAGGACAACAACCACAACUGUUUCUCUGGAGGAUCGCGAGUGCUUGAGUUGCCGCUGUGGCUUGAUCAACACGCUGCGCAAGAUCGUUGGUGGCCACGUGACGCGUCGUCAUCAGUAUCCCUGGAUGGUGGCCGUGCUCUUCUUUGAUCGCUUCUACUGCGCUGGUUCGCUGAUCAGUGAUCGCUAUGUGCUCACCGCCGCCCAUUGUGUGGAGGGCGUGCCGCCAGAGCUGAUCACGUUGCGCUUCCUCGAGCACAAUCGUAGCGAUAGCGAUGCGCUGGUCGUGGAACGACGUGCCAUCAAAGUGAAGCCACACGAGCUGUACAAUCCGCGUAGUUUCAACAACGAUAUUGCGCUGAUCACACUCGAUGAACCCGUGAGCUUUGAGGGACGCAUUCGUCCGAUUUGCAUGCCCGAAACAAGUGGCGACUUCGAUGGAGAACCAGCAAUAGUCGCAGGCUGGGGAGCAAGAAGAGAAGGAGGCUUUGCCACCGAUACGUUGCAGGAAGGCGAUGUGAUUGUGCUCAGUCAAGAAGAUUGCCGUAACUCGAGUCUCAGCAGCUACAAACCCGGCCAGAUCACCGACAACAUGCUCUGCGCCGGCUACGUGGGCGAUGUGGCCAAGGAUGCGUGCAGUGGCGACAGCGGCGGACCACUUCAUGUGCUGCUCGACGAGCAGCCGGGUCAAUAUCAGCUGGCCGGGAUUGUCUCUUGGGGCGAGGGAUGUGCCAGGCCGAAUGCACCCGGAGUUUAUACCCGAGUGAAUCGAUAUCUUCGCUGGAUUGCGGCCAACACAGCUCACGCCUGCAUGUGCAUGCCACUUGCCGAGGAGGAUUACUAGGAUUACUAGCACUAGCAACUGGGAGCUCAUCUGUCAAACUUUUCGACUGCCCAAAGGCAACGCACGAAACUUUGAACGUCGCUGUAUUAGAAAAUUGUUGCAUAAACUACUUUGACUCAAUUUGCGUGCCAUUCAUUUUCCCAACAGAGGAUAUCCAUAACCAUAACCAUAACCGUAUCCAUUGGCAAAUAAAAAAGCAAUUUGAAAGUGGGUUAGCUACCUCAGGAACUUGGCAUAUUACAAUUCACAUUCUCUCUCAUCUCCAACUUGCAACUUUUCGUGGCAAUCCUCCCGCCUCUCUCUAGUUUUACACACAUACAUACGCAUAAAUAAAUCCCAAUUUGCCGCAUUUCAACUGCCGCCGCAUGCGAAAUAUUUUGUGCAAUUGAGAUUGUUAUGCAUUUUGCAUUUGCGCAAAAUCAUAAAAGCCAUACCGAAAACUCCCCCUCCCGAAAAAUCCACUAGCAAGGACACAUCGUCCUUCCAACCGACCACAGGAGCAACUUUUUCACUCUCUAGAUAAAUUGCUCGAAAUAUUUGUGGCAAACGUUUGUGUCUGCAUUUGUGUGUGUUUUAAAGUUGCAACUUGCUGCACAGCAAAGUGAUAAGCAUAACUUUCCGUUACUCGAAACUACCUCUUUACUUUCUAUGAAGAUUUAAUUCCCAGCUGCCUCUAAUGGAGAACUAUGAAUGCCCUCGAAAAUAAAAUGAGUUUGGAAAGUUAGACACGAGCUAAAACGGGUGAUUUUCCCUUCUUGAAAUAGAAUAUCUUGAUAGCCACCUUUUUAUAUUAUUAUAUUGUAUUUACAAUUCUUUAGU